AUGGCCAUAGUGAUGGGACUUGUUAUGUCGAACAAUAAGCAGUGUCAAUUUCUUCACCAAGUGCCACCACAAGGGUUGGAUCCAUCUAGCGGAUGGACUGCAGGCGACUGA